AUGCAGGGCAGUAAGCUGACGCGAAGCUCCAAGAAGGACGUCACCGACCUGCCCCAUGAUUGGACUUCGGAGCGCUUCACUGUGGUGGAUGCCGGAAGCAGCCGAAUCGCGCUGCAGGAUGCGGUGCACAAUCGCUUUGUGGCGAAGGGCGCCUCCAGCGCCCACCGAAAUGCGGACAAGCUUCCCAACUGGGGCUCCUUAAAGUUUGAGGUCUACCCUGCGGGCAACGGGGAGAUCGUUCUUUACAACAAAUUGCACAACAAGAUGCUUCGGAUGUCAGGCAGCAAGGUUGACAUGUCUAAGAGCAAGAAGCCCGGGGAUUUGCCAGACACAUGGACCUGGGAACGCUUUCGGGUGGUGCGUGUGAAGCCCUACCUGCAGCCCGGUAGCACCGUGGCCCUCUGGUGCAAACAUCACCGCCGCUAUGUGAAGAUGAACCCGGGCAGCAAUCCAGGAUCAUUCCUCUUGGCCAGAGCCAGAGCAAGCUACGCGAACCACACGCAGAAUGACACCCUCAUCCAGUUUCCUGCGUUCAAGUUCACGUUUCCGAAGAUCACGGAUAUAGUCAAGAAGGCUGCGGAAGAAGCCAAGAAGACAGCCACAAAGGUGACCACGAGCACGAAGACGCCUAAACCCAAAGUGGCCAAAGCGGUGCCAAAGGAUGGGCGCAUCGUCCGCAGCUCAGAGCGGAGUGGCGACGGCAUCCCCGACUCCUGGAAGUGGGAGCGCUUCACCGUCGUGGACGCCGGCAACGGCCAGGUGGCCUUCCACAACAGCAUGCACAAUAGGUUCAUGAAGAUGACAUGGGACAAGAAGAUGGUUGUCAGCAAAGCGAAAACGGUCGAUGCCCUGCCGAGCACCUGGACGGCUGAGCGCUUCACCGUGGUGCCUGCCGGGAAAGGAGAGUUCGUGUUCCACAACUCACUCCGCAACCGCAUGAUUCGCAUGACGAAAUCUGAGGUGGAUGCGAGCGGCAAGAAGAGCCCACAAAGCUUGCCGAAAAGUUGGAAGUCGGAGCGGUUUCAGCUUGUGCCUGCCAAGCCUUACUUGCAGCCCGGGACCAUCGUCUUCCUUAUCUCCCACCCAGAGAAGGGGUCGUAA